CUUGUCCCCUGAUCGCGCCAUCAGGUUCAUGGAUGUCGCCUCUGGCAACGUGGCCAGAAAUCUCUCUGCAAUCCCACUUUGAUAUCACUUUUUCUCGCAUCCCAUGGUGGCAAGAUCUCAGGUCCAAUCCCCAUAUAUUCCAUAUCCCAGCCCUCGCUCGAUGCCGCCCUGCACGCCUGCAUCGCACUUGCACUCGCAGACGCUCGAGACGCCCACACCAUGGUCGAGACCGCCCCAUCCGCAAAACCAAAGCUCGCCGACGUCUUCUUGACGUACCUCCCGCUUGGCUUCAUCACCUUUGGCGGACCCCAGGCCAACGUCGCCCUCUUCCAUGACUACUUCAUCGACAAGUAUCAGUGGGUCAGCACCGAUGUGUUUUCGGAGCUGUUUUCCAUCGCCUCGGUGCUUCCUGGGCCGCCCAGCAUCCAGAUGUCGUUUGCCUUUGCCCUGCUUCGGGGCGGCCCGCUGGCCGGAGUGGUCGGGUUUCUGACAUGGACCCUGCCCGUCACCCUCUUCAUGACCAUCGCAGCCAUCGUCGUCGCUUCCUUGCCUGAGAAGCUGCCCCCAGUCGUCAUCCAGAUCGAGAACGGCUUGACCUCGUCAGCAAUCGGCCUCACGGCACUGGCUGCCUACAAGCUCGGCACUAGGGUCUGCACCAACCGCAUGACGCAGCUCUCGGCAUUUGCCUCGGCGGCAGCGGCAAUCAACUACAGCGCCCCCUGGCUGUUUCCGGCUCUGAUGGUUCUUGGCAGCGUAUCGGCAUACUGCGAAUACCGCUACAAGCUCUGGACCGAGCGCCGGACACAGCCCCGAUCCCAGGCAGCCGGCGACGGCCUCCAUCUCGACGAUAUGCCGCAGGACGCAGCCAGCUCGACGCAGCCUCGCACUCCAGCAGAUGAGGAAUCUUCAUCCCCCGGUCCAUCUCCGUCGGCCCCCGUCUCGACCCAGAACUCUGGCCAGGACUCGGGCUCCUCCAACAACGUCAAAUGCUCGUAUUCGAGCCGGGUCGGGCUGCUGGUGCUGGCCGUGUGGAUCCUGCUCCUGGUGGUGGCCAUUAUCUUCAAGACGGUUGCAGGAGUGCCUCUGUUCCUGAACGUCUUUGGAACGUUCUACUUUGUGGGCUCGCUCAUCUUUGGCGGAGGCCCUGUCGUUGUGCCGCUGCUCAAGGACUAUACCGUCUCUGUCGGCUGGCUCAACGAGCGCGAGUUUCUGAUCGGAUUCGCCCUCAUCAACUCGACUCCCGGCCCGCAAUUCAACUUUUCUGCCUUCCUUGGUGGCCUGGCGCUUCGCAGCCUGGGCAUCGGCGUCAGCGGCUCGAUCAUCGGCUCGUUCCUGGCCUUCUUUGGCAUCUUCUUGCCAGGGCUGCUUCUGAUGUCGGCCUUGAUCCCCCUGUGGACGCAGUUCCGUCGGCGGACCUAUAUCCAGGUGAUCCUCGGGGGCAUGAGCGCCUCGGCCGUCGGGCUGGUCUUUGCGGCCGUCUAUUUGCUCUGGUCCAAGGCCAUUACCGACGGCCAGUCUGGCACGGCUCUGAGUAUCUCCCAGUUCCCGCUUUACGUCACCGUCGUUGGAUUUGCGUUCUUGGGCGUCGGGUUCUUGAAGAUGCCUUCGUAUUCUGCCGUCCUUGUCGGCGCCCUCACCGGCGUUCUGCAGUGCGCUAUCUCGGGCGGAUUCAGUUGAAGCAGUCGGAUCGGCCGCCAAGGACGAUGCACCGAUCGUGCUCGAUCUAGCCAGGGCAGCCGUUCAGAGCUCUGCCCUGAUGGACUUGGAGGAUGGGGUAAAAUCCAAUAUCAAUAUAUUCGCUGAAGUUCACGUCCGGUGGGCCUCCAUUCGACCCUC